AUGGAGAAACCAAUUCGUCGUUUCGGUUCAAAAAUACUCAAUGUGAUUAGCUCGGUAAUACCAUCACCUCGUUCGGUUCCCCCAUCUACUUUAUCAAAUGAAGAUAAAUUGUCGACUCCUAAAAUGGAAAUAUCGAAUGCUCCAGCAGUUAGCGAAUUUCCUGACGCAAAGACGGCGGCACUUUUACAAACAGUCCCUUCAAAACAUGAACUAAUAACUUUUGAUGAAUUACAACGAUCGGAAAGUCAAAACGAUGAAGAGGAUCCAUGUUUAAAUUGUUUGGAUCCUUGUGCUUCACAUGCUAGUUAUCCAUCUUACUUAAAAAUUGAUUACGAAUCACCUUUAGAUAAUACGGUUAAACCAUAUAUCAAGCAUGUUUUAAUAUCAACAGGAAAAGGAGAUUGGGAAACAAAUAUUGAAGAUGAAUGUGGUAGUUUAGCGUCUAGCUUUCAUAAGGUUAUAAAUAAUGUCAAACUCAACGAGAAGAAAAGUAAAAAUGGGUUACAACUACAUACGGAAGAACAUGAAAAUACGGAUCAUACGAGAAUAAUAAUAACGAAUUCUUCAAGACGAAAUACGGAAAAUGACUGUAUAUUUUCAAAGGGCAAUGAUGUAUUAAUAUUUCCUGACAACAUACUGAUCAAAAACGUUACAACCAAACAAGCUGCGAAUUUUUAUAAAGCAUUCUUAUCGAAAGACGAUGUUUAUCUUGAUAAUAAUUUCCCAAUCGAAAAGGUGCCUUAUAGAGCGGUUAUUGUGAUUUGUUCACAUCGAAAAAGGGAUAAAAGAUGUGGGGUCACCGGUCCUUUAUUAAAGAAUGAAUUUGAUAAAGUCCUAAAAGAAAAAGGAUUAGACCCCGAGUCGCGUUACAACGAUGGUGUUGGUGUCUUUUUAAGCAGCCACACCGGAGGACAUCGAUUUGCGGGUAAUGUUAUUGUUUAUAAAGAAGGACAGGGAAUUUGGUAUGGACGAGUUAUACCAUGCCACGCCAAAAGUAUAAUAGAACAUACUAUAAUUGAAGGGAAAGUAAUCAAAGAUUUGUAUAGAGGUUCUAUGAAUGGUAGUUUUGCUCCGAGUUGUGGUGGGAGAAAAUUUGAUUGGUAA